AUGGAGAAGCAGGAUGCAGAUGGCAACGGCCUCUUGAUCCUCAUCGGCCGGAGGGACAGCAACGCCAUGGCCGUAGUUGGCGAGAUGCAGAUCCAGAAUGGCGGUCGUCUGAUGCAGGUCUACAUCACAGACGAUUCCAACCUGUCUGCUGAUUUCAUUGGCGAAACACUGGAGUGGAAUCCCCUCGUAGCGAGCCACACGCAUCAUUGGUAUCAGAUCGGGCCGAACAUCCACACACUGACAGAGGAGGAAACCCUCAGGAUCUGCAGCAACGGCGUCGUCAUCUGCAGCAAGGCUGGAGAUCAGUUCCAGAUGCUGGGGGAGGUGAUGGUGGACCCACAAGCGGAGAGCCGACAUAGCCUAAGCCCUGUCCCCUAUGAGAAGCGAUCCUUUGGCAUCAUGGCUCCAUUCCGGGCUCUAGCAUCGGUGAUCAUCGUUGGCUUCAUGUCCUGCCCGCUGCUUCUGGGUAUGGUCUUGCUUGAACAUGAUGCAGAAGACCGGGGCACCGCGUGGUGGCGGCCACUCAAUCAUCUGAUGGUGUACGGUGGCUGUUUGCGACUGCUACUUGAAGCUUGGUGCACUGGCCUCGGCUGCAUGAGCGGCACUGCGCGUGAAAGCGUCGCUGUAGGUGUCAUUUCGACUGUCCUGCCGUGUUUCGCCAUCUUCUUGGCACCUGGAACUUUCUCCACUUUCAGUUACUGCGUCGUCUCAACGAUUCUCCUCUCCGGGGCCAACGUGGGCACCUGUGUUUGGCAGCGCGGUUUGCGAGGUGCAUUUUAUCAGCUCGCGUGGGGGAUCCCGUGGUUGUGCUUGACAUUUGGUGCCUGGGUUGUGCUCUAUGGGAUCGCCGUUCUCCACGUUCAGAUCGACCAGGUAUCUAAGGUUGCAAGUGCUUUCUUCCUGCCGCUGUCGACGGCGACCCUGGAGCUCGGAACGAUUGCCUCUGCCACUGCGCUGUACAAUCACCGCGUCUUCAAACUUCGUGCAUCGGACCACCCGGUUUGGGGCGAUCAGGCAAAGAGCACCUUACCCGUGGUUCCUGUCGCGAUCCAUGCGUUCACGGAGACCUGCAGGUUGGUGUCGGUGCUGGCUUCGACAGUCUAUGACGGCAGCAGCUACUUCUGGAUCUUCACGGGUUUGCUGUCGCUGGUCUUGAACGUGAUGAACCGGCAAGGUUGGAGCAGAUUCCUGGUGACCAAAACCAUCACGCGCUUCGGACUACGACCUCAAGCUGUGCUUGGUUGCACCGCGCCGACUGCCAUCAGUCGGCUUCAUGAUGUUGCAAAGAUCAGCUGCGGUUAUCCCCGGAUGAGUGCUCCAGUGGUUCUGGGUUUGGUUCAACUGGUGACAGGCCAUGGGUUCUACCGAUCCACCAAUACUGUGAUAGCAGUUGUGGUGAUUCUGGUCUUUGAAGUGCUCGAGGACUGCUUUCACCACUGGGAAAUCUUACCGUUCGCACCGUUACCGAUGGCAGCUGCCGAGUAUUUCGCAUCACUUGAUAAGUACUCACCAUACCAGAGCACCGUCCCAGCCACUGCUAUAACAAGCAGCCCUACCACCGUUGGUGGCGGACCCCCCAGCCCAAUCGGCAUGCCCGAUGCAUCCCCCAAGUCCACCACUGAAGUGGAGGUGAGCCCCAUCGCGAGUGAACUCAGCACGGGCUCUCAUACGCCAGUUCAGGGUCGACGGCGCUCGAUCAGCAGUGCUGUGAGUGUGGGUGGAGUGGAGACAGGUGUGUCCGGCAAGGUUCGGAGAUGGUGGGGCCAGGAUCUCAAGGUUCACACUGCACUUCGCCUCUGGCAUCUGAGAAGUUGGUCAUGGCCGGUGACCUUGAGUAUGAUUUGGAUCAUGAAUGUCUACACAGUUUGUUGCUUGGAGCUCCUGCUCGGUGACGGCUUGCAAUCUCAGCGGCAAGCCUUAGAAAUUCAACGCGCGUGCUUCAUGUUGGGCCUGCAGCACGACUGUCUGGCUCUAGCUGACGUGGACGAUUCAGUCCAUGUAGAUGACGAAGGGCACUUGUUUAUGUUGGCUUGUGUGAUCUGGUGGUUGGUUCUGCGCCUUGUCGGUGCUCCCGUGCCCUGCAAACCAACGUUGGCAGAGGAAGUGCAGGUCGGCGAUGUCGUUGCAUUGGUGGGUCCAAGUCGAACUAUCCUGCACCUGGAGUCGCAGGAGCGUGACUGCGCGAUCGUCACCUUUGGAUACGAAGGCUUGAUCGUGAUCUCCUGCUAUGAGGGCACGCUGAACAUCAGCACAGAUGGCUGCUCGCCAAGGCGGUGCCAGCCCUUCCAAUCCAUCACGGUGCGCCUGGGGGAAGACUCGGUCAGUGCUUCCCCUUUGAACAUCAUUGCCAGUGGUGGUCAAGAGGUGCGGCUAUGCCGCAAUCUGAACCCUAUCUUUCGGAACACAUACAUCAUGUACUGCAACUUUGGCGAGGUGACCGUCGACACCCGUGAGUGUGUUACGCAGUGGGAUCCGAUGGGAGAUCCUCCCUGGACACCCAGGUCGAGGCAAGCUUCUGUGGGCCUCUCGGACGGUGCUGUCUUGAUGCUCGGCGGACUGGGAAACGAGGGCCCGAUCCAGGAGGUUUGGCAGUGGACACCCAGUCCGACCAGCAUCUUGGAAGGCGUUUGGAGCCGGACUGAAAAGCUACCACCAUGGAACGGUCGCUUUGAUGCUGCUGCGAUCCAGCAAGUCACGGCCGAAUCCGAGCAGGUGGUGUUAAUGGGCGGCAACGACAACCAGAACCGAGGGGACGUUUGGCGCUGGUUGCGCAGUCCGGCAAUAAUCGAGCUGCAGCUGGGUGAGAGCGAAGAAACGGGAAGUCAAGCAAGGGAAUGUGUGUCACAUUAUGGUCGCAGGUUGAGCUGCCAUGCCUCUGCUGGUGUUUCCGGCAGAAAAUGGCACAUCUCUCACUACCUCGAGAUGUCCACGGAGAUCCACAUCGAGCUGCUGCACUCCGGAGGUGAUGGAGAUCUGCCUCCAGGCGCAGCUGGAGUGGGAGCAGCAGUCGUGGCUUUGGAGCUUGACAGCUGCCGCCAGAUUUUCCGUGCAGAGGGUGGCCGAUGGAGUACAACCGGCUGCACUGGAGAUCAACCGCCCUGGGCACGCGCUGAUCAGCCUGCGGUCAGGCUCGGCCCAUCCGGAGCGGCCUUUCCUGGGCAGGCACGCAACCUCCGCUUCGUUCUGGACCGUGACAACCAGGAGAUCAUCAUGUACAGCGACAAUGUCCUCAUGGCACCAGCAGGCGCCUCUGAAGGGCAGCUGGGUGUCCCUGUCGGUGGUGGUGUGUGUCGUGAUUAUUCGGGGGGGAAUGGCUCUGUCGAGUGUCCCGACAAGUCCUCGCCAGUGUCAGUAAUGUUUCUGCGGACGGUCGAGCUGGUUGUUUGGCCCGAGGCCUCGUUGGAAAUCAGGAGGUUGGCAGUCAUGGCACCAGCGGGCUACUGGCAGCAGCAGGUGGACAUCGCGCCGUGGCCUGCCCGUUCCGCCCAUGUUGCCGUGACGCUGCCGGAGGGUGACAUUCUUCUCAUGGGCGGCGUAGGAGAACCCGGCCUUCUAAAUGACGUCUGGCGUUGGACGCCAAGGAAAUGCACCCUGCUCGAAGACAUGCAACCGCUAGAAGCCGCAAGGUUUGGUCUCGAGUGCAGCUACAAGUGCACAAGCUCUCCGAUCUAUGGGCAGUGGGCACAACUUUUGGAUGCUCCCUGGGCGCCGCGGUCGGAGCCCGGGGCAGUGUGGACUGCGAGUGGAGUCAUCCUUGCUGGAGGUCGGUCUUCCCUGGGCUACGAGAAUGACGUUUGGGUGUGGCAGCACUCGGGAGACUUCUGCAGCGUGCAGUGGCAGGGCACCUGGACGCAACUUACUCCACAGGCUGCUUGGUUCCCACGGCAUGGUCAUCGGUUGGUGGGCUUCGUUACACCAGGCAGCGCGGACGUAGACACGGUCCUUCUUGUUGGGGGAUUUGGCGGGGAACCAGACAGCGGUGAAGUCAUUCGCGGCAAAGAACCGGAUCCAGCUGAUCGCCCGAACCCCCGCAACGACAUUUGGUGUGGAAACAAGGAUCUCUCGAAUUGGGGCAAGUGGACGCAGAUAGCACCCACAGCUCCAUUCUCUGCCAGAGCGCAGUUUGCUGCCGUCAUUGCUCCCACGAUCUCUGACUUCUCCUUUGUGCUGUUUGGUGGCUAUGACGAUAACGCACGUCUAGUGGUCGAUCAGUGGCAGUGGCCGGGGCCUUUGCAGGGAGCGUUACCGGCUGGAACUCUUCCUAAAGUCUGGUCUGGAAUGUGCUUCACCGCAGAAGAGACAAUUUCACUGCCAAACUCUCUGGAUGCGGCACCGAUGGAAUUCUUCCAUCCUCUGCGGGGUGUUGGAUUCCAGUGUCACGGCUGCGACCCCGAUCCGGAGAGAGACACUCAGGACGACCUUUGUGACCCUCUCUACUGGCAGUUUCAAGAGGUUCAUGGGGUGGUGCCGAAGCUGAAAGUGCUAUUCCCCGAUGGCUCAUCGACGUUUGUCCAAGCCUCGGGCAGGACGCCAUCCGACACUCCAGCUCUCAUCGACGAAGAUGGUGAUAAGCACGGGUUCUUGGUGGUUGAGAACAUGCCCAAGCAGGUACAACCCAGUCGUCCACCGGCAGUGCCUCUGGCAUCACGGAUACGGGCCCCUGGCGGCUACGGGUUCUUUGUGCGGGAGACCGUAGAUGAGGACUACCAGGAAUCCCGAGGAUCGCCUCGAAAGAAAGCCAAGAGGCCGGCCAGUCGGAACAAGCCUGCAGCAGGCCCUCCUAAAAAAGCUCGGCUUUCCGAUGGUGACAAGACGGAGAAGGGUCCCGCUGAAGCCGCUGAAAGCUCUCCUGCAGGUGCAUCAGGUGCAAGCGACUGCUCAGCAAAUGUCUACACGGAAGGACAGAAGGCGGUGGCUGAGGCCGAAGGCGGCGCAGUGACAACCGGCGAAACGGAAGGUGGUGCUGCCGAAAGUGAGAAACCUGCCGAUGAAUCAGGCGGCGGUGCCAAAGCCCGUGUGAUGGUUGAGCACGCCAAGACACCUCGAUCAGUUUGCAGAAGCUGCGGGGGCAGCAUCGAGAAGGGAAGCGUGCGCUGCGGAGUUCAAGGCUAUGCCGGAGGCAGAUCGGUGCUUCUGUGGGCCCAUGCCGCCUGCUUUCUGGAGAAGAUUCGUGCAGAGUACGUGACAGCACGUCGAGGGCGCUGCAAGGCCACAGGAGAGGCCUUCGAAGUGGGGCAGAUUCGCGUUGGCUUCGAGGUUGGCAAUCACAAAUCGUGGUGGCUUCCGGCAGAAGCUGCACGCUGGACAGCGCUUGUGGUGGCCAAACUCCCUGCGGAUGUCGGUGCCUUGGCGUCUCUGCAGGGUUUGGACGACAUCAAUGAGGAGCAUCGCAGGCCCCUGCUCGAGCUGCUGCAGACAGGUAAAGCUCCUGAGACGGAGCUCCGACGUGCUGCAAAACCUGCCACACGUCGCAAAGCGAAGGAAAUGGCGAAGAUGCCCCCGACAGCUUCAACUGCACCCGCCGAAGGGAAGGCCCCUGCAACUGCAGAGGCAGUGGCCGACGAAGCUAACUCUCCGGACGAGGACAGUGAUGUUGAGGUGGCUCUGGAUGCCCCGCCGACAAGGCACGGGAACAUCCCUGUUGAUUUGGACUCGGACGACUAG